AAACAGGCAACAAGUGACGAGUCGGAUCCACUCUGACCGGACCGCCCCGGAUAGUGGGUAAAUCCUUGGAGACUUGGAGUUGGACCUUUUGUCACUUUUGGAGUUUUUAGACAAAAUCGAAUACCCGAACAAGGAAGGGAACUGUGAUUGGAAUUGGAUCAUAUCAAUCAACAAAUCAGAUGCCAGUGAGAGUGGUGGAAAGCUCCGCACCUUCUCAAGUUUCAGGAGCAAAUUCUGGAAAGACUUCACCCCCGGCAUGCACACUUUUGAGUGUUGGACAGGCAUUCUCUGGUACUCAGAAUGUUUCUAGUCUUCAAAAAGAUGAAGCAUGGAGAGUUAAUGUUCGCAUACAGGGAUGUGACCUUGAACAUGGGUAUCUAUGUGGCACCAUGGAAGCUCUCAAUGUUCCUAUGGCAGACACACCAGUAGUGACCUUCUGGGAAGGGGAGAUUGUUGAUACGAUAAAUUAUACUUUCUUCACUGGCAAAUGGGAAGCGACGCCAGAGGAUGAUAAAAAGCACUGGGACAAGUUUCCAUCCUUUUCUCCCUUUAAGAGUCAAGUGGAAAUUGAUGGUGGCAAAAAUGUGGACCUGAGUAACUAUCCAUACAUAUUUAUGAGAUGGAAAGAGCAAUAUUUUGUGAAUGUUGGGACAGACUGUGGGUUAACUAUAGCUGGUUUUUACUAUGUUUGUUUCUCUUGUAGUGAUGGCUCCAUCAGUGGUUUCUAUUAUGAUCCUAAUAGCAGCCCAUUUCAGAAACUUGAGCUGAAAUCAACUAAUGAUGGAAGAUCAGGUUUCAGUUUUUCAUCAUAUGAGUUGCAAUAAAAUGGAAGAAAUGCAUCUGAUUUCAAGGUAGAACUUGAUUGAACUUUGCUUGGUCAGGUGAAUUCUUUGAUUUACAUCUUGGACAAACUGAGGUAUUAUGCAAGAGCACAAUGUAUCCAAUUAUUGUACAAGUGUUAUAUUGGAAAAAUUGAUGAGCGAUGUAGAUCUGUUUGUACUGCUUAGAGUACUUCUUGAGUUGUUAUAUGUGAAUUUAAGUUUAAAA